AUGACCACCCCAUUCCGUUUAUUCUUUCUUCCAUAUGUUCCUCUUAAACAAGUUUUGGAUAAUGUUGGACCGGAGACCUUAAUAAUCCUCUCCCUGUGCUCUUUGAGAUCAAAAAGUAUUGUAGUCUCCUACAAAGGUCCUUCCAAAAAUGUUCAACUCAAACUACACUUUGGAUCGGAGGAUAGUUUGGUAGGCUCGUAUGGGUCGGGUGAAUCCAUCCGUACAUAUAUACGGUUGACAGUGGAACAAACAGGGAAGCUUACAACGGAUGAGACACUGGAAACUGUAAGAAUCGGGAGUUUCGAGAAAGUUCCAGUGAAAAGGGAUUACAAUUUUAUGAAGGGAAAACAUAUAAAAACAUAUUGGGAGGAUCGGAUGACUGGAUUGGCGGCGAUUGGGGAUUACGGUAGAGAGAUAUUCAAUCGGGAUAUUUCUGAAGUGAUGAUUGGAGAGAAACAAGCAGAAGAUGAUCAUAGACGGGCGGCCGAGUGGGUUAAGAAUUCUCAAGGGACAAUUCAAAGUCUGCGUUGUAAUUUCAAACCAAAAAUCGAUAAAGAUCUGGAUUUUAUAUUGGAAAAUUUCAACUACACUAAGAAACUGCAUCUUGCUGUGGAACCAUCGCAUCACUAUAGUCCUGCGAAACUUCCAAACUUUCAAAUUGGCACUCUGGAUGUUUUCUUUAGUUUUUGGAUUAAACAGGAGCAUUUAUUGAAAAUGGACUGCAAGACAGUCACUUUGCACGCACCGCAAUUGAGAAACCAAGACUUCAAUGUGUUUUUGAAACACUGGUUGGCUGGAGGGUGUUCCAAAGUGAAAGAUUUGAGUGUUGGUGUUUCAGAACUAUUUGAUUAUCAAAUUGUGUUUGACGGUGUGGAUUUUGUAGAAAGAGAAAGCGAUUUGGAAAGGGUUUUUGUCGAUGAAGAUGGCACUGAUUAUACUAUCAUGGGAGGCUACGAUGUGAAGCGAUCAAAUAUCACGGCGACUAUCACCAAACAAUCCUCAAGUCAUUUUUGGUUUAUUGUUUGGUAG